AUGCCCAAGUCGGAGAAGGGCUCGCUGCCAGUCUUUGGUGCAACAGGUGCGAAUCACUGUCCCUGUAAUCACUCACAUUCACUCGUGUCCCUCAUGGACAGCAUGUCACCUCUGGAGUGCUCUUCACGCUAUCAAGCUCACCGUGUUCAACUAUCGAAUACAGAAAUGCAAACAAGAGACAGCACAACCACUGACGACAUGAAUACAGUACAACCCAACCUACAGGACUCAAGAUUGGAGCAUGACGCGAACCCGGCCACCGGUGCGCAAGGCGCUCGCGAGCCUAUCGACGACGACGUACAACUACUACAUCACCUGGGGUACAAUCAGGUUGGCAAAUCGAGUUCUUUGGCAAGACAUCUCCCUGACAGGUUGUAGGAGCUCCGUCGGCGAUUCAACAGAUGGUCGACAGUCUCGUACGCAAUUUCGGUCCUCGGCGUUCUCGGAUCUCAACCAGCAACAUAUGGAACACCCAUCAGUGUCGGCGGUCCGGCGACGGCAGUGUGGGCAUGGGCCAUAGGCUCAGUGAUGGCGUACAUCAUCGCGAGCUCAGGUGAGAAGCAAAUAUGACCGGAUCAAUGCUAUCAAUACUGACGGCAUCAGUCGCGGAGUUGGUGUCCGCAUACCCCACGGCGGGUGGGAUGUACUUCGUGACGAAGCAUGUGGUGCCCGCGAAGCGAGUGGCCAUCUGGGCGUGGAUCAUCGGAUGGUGCAACUUUCUUGGCCAGGCCUGCGGAGUUGCAUCGCUCGCCUAUACUGUCGGCCAGAUGAUCCUGGCUUUAGCGAGCAUGAAUUCUGGCCUACUAAGCGACGGCUACACCUACUCACCGUAAGCAGUGUUAUCUGAAGCAGUGUCAUCUGACACAAUCGCAUGGAAUAUGUACGUACUGACUUGUAUACAGAGCACCAUGGCAAAUCGUCCUUAUUGCCAUCCUUGUCUUGGCCAUCUGGGGCGCGAUCUGCUCUUUGACGACCAAUGCCCUGAGCAACAUCAUCCUCUGGUUCGCACCAAUCAACAUUCUCGCAACCAUCGCCAUCUGCAUUGCCGUCCCUCUGGCCACGCCUUCUGACAAGAUUCGAAGCGCCCGUUCUGUCUUCACCGAGAUCACAGACGGCUCAGGAUGGGACUCGAAAGCGCUCUCAUUCUUCUUGGGAUUCCUGAACGUGGCCUGGGUCAUGACAGACUACGAUGGCACCACGCAUAUGUCGGAAGAGACGGUCGACGCAGCGGCUAGGGGCCCUCUGGCGAUCCGUCUGGCCGUCAUUGUCUCUGGCAUCUUGGGCUUUGGACUGAACGUUGCCUUCACCUUCUGUUUACCCCCGGACUACGAGACCAGUAUCCUCGAAUCGCACACUGGCCUCCCGGUCGCGCAGAUCUUUCUCAAUGCUGGCGGUAGAGCUGGAGCGUCCGUCAUGCUCUUCUUCGUCAUUCUAGUCCAGUUCUUCACGGGAACCAGCGCCAUGCUGGCCAACGCGCGGAUGACUUACGCCUUUGCUCGAGACAACGCCCUCCCCUUCUCGCGCUUCUGGGCCAAGAUCAACCGAACGACCGAAACACCAGUGCACGCCGUCUGGCUCGUCGUGGCCUUCUGCAUCUGCCUCAACCUCAUCGGCAUCGGCUCCACCGAAACCAUCACGGCCAUCUUCAACCUCUGCGCCCCCGCGCUGGAUCUCAGCUACAUCGCCGUCCUCUUCGCCCACCUCUGGUACACGUACUACCGCCAAGAAGUCGAAUUCGUACCCGGAAAAUACACGAUGAAAUUCCUGCGCAUUCCGCGCAAAAUUCUCGCCAUCGCCUGGGUCCUCUUCAUCAGCACGAUCCUCUUCUUCCCGCCCACCAAACCCAUCACGGCAGCUAACAUGAAUUACGCGGUGGUGGUCGCUGCCGCCGUGGCGGUUUUUGCGCUUUCGUGGUGGUGGCUCGGCGCGAGACAUAAGUAUAAGGGCCCCAUUACGCAGGAGACGGAAAUCUUGGCCCCGGGACGGCAUGGUGAUGAGGAGGAAGCGAGUCGGCGUCCUGCUGCGACGGCGCACAUGGAUCCGCCGCCGUAUUCGACUGCCGCGAAGCAGGGCGAGUCGAACGUCACUUCUGUUCUUGCCAGUCGGUCUUUCACAUCGGGCUCCUCGGCCGUCUGA